CAGCUAUAGCACUCUCCCUAGUCCCUCAUGUGUCCUCGAUUGCUCUUCUGCCGUCGGCGGUCAGUUACUGUUCUGUAGCAGCGACGUCGUCUAUCAGGGUGUUGACAUCAGUUAGGCAUUGCAAAAUGGAAAUUCCAAAUUGUGUACAGAGUUUCACUUAUUACUAAGUGCAACCAAGGAGAGAAUGCUCCUUUUGACAAGAUUAAAGAGAUCCAAUCAACUUACUCAAAUUCCACCGAAGCUAAAUUUUUCUGUCAUUCACGCUCUUAAAAUAUCCAGCCAAUUUCUACCGUCUUCAGAGACUAAUAUUGAAGUGGACAGGAUCACCAGAAUAAUUAAUAACCAUCCGUAUCCUGAUCAACCACUUCUACCAACUCUUCUCCAGCACAUCCCACCCCAUGCUCUUUCCACCAGCUUUGUGGAGAAUGUUUUGGGUUACCUUUUUUCAGCCCAUUCCAAUGGUCUUAAAGCCCUUGAAUUCUUCAAUUAUUCUCUCCAUCAUUCCCAGUUAUGUCCAAGCUCAGAUGCUUUUGAAAAGACACUGCACAUCCUUGCCAGGAUGCGGUAUUUUGAUAAAGCUUGGGACUUGAUGGAAAAAAUAAGCAGCAUGCACCCUUCCUUGCUGACCCUUAAGUCAAUGAGCAUCAUGCUGUCAAAAAUUGCAAAAUUUCAGUCAUAUGAAGAUGUCCUUGAAGCAUUUGGCAAGAUGGAGAAUGAUAUUUUUGUUGGGAGGAAGUUUGGUACUGAAGAGUUUAAUGUACUCCUUAGAGCAUUUUGCACAGAGAGGCAGAUGAAGGAGGCACGGUCGGUGUUCCUAAAGAUGCAUUUUCGGUUUUCACCCAACACCAAGACCAUGAAUAUCUUGCUCUUGGGAUUCAAGGAAUCUGGAGAUAUUACUGCAGUAGAACUCUUUUACCAUGAACUGGUUAAAAGAGGCUUUGAGCCAAAUAUUAUAACUUACAAUAUUAGAAUCGAUGCUUACUGUAAGAAAGGUUGCUUUGCUGAUGGUUUGAGACUUUUUGAAGGAAUGGAACGGGAAAAUUUGUCGCCCACUUUGGAAACAAUCACUACAUUGAUCCACGGAGCAGGGGUUGCUCGAAAUCCAAUUAAGGCACAACAAUUAUUUGAUGAGAUUCGUUUGAGAAAUUUGCUUCCUGAUACUGGGGUGUAUAAUGCUUUGAUGAGCUCACUUAUUAGAUCAAGGGAUGUGAAGUCGGCAGUCGCAUUGAUGGAUGAGAUGGAAGUGAAGCAUAUUGAACAUGAUAAUAUGACUUAUCACACAAUGUUCUCUUGCUUGAUGAGGACAUCUGAUAUUGACGGUGUUUCUAGACUAUAUCACAAAAUGGUUGACAGAAGUUUUGUGCCCAAAACACGAACAGUGGUGAUGUUAAUGAAAUAUUUCUGUGUAAACCAGCAGCUUGAUUUGGGAUUGCAUUUAUGGCGAUACCUGGUGGAGAAAGGAUGUUGUCCUCAUGGUCAUGCUUUGGACCUUCUGUUAACGGGAUUGUGCUCCCGCAGUAGGGUAAUAGAAGCUUUUGAGUGCUCCAAACAAAUGUUGGAGAGAGGGAGAGAUAUGAGUGAACCUGCAUUGCGGAUAUUAGAGAGCUUUCUGGUUCGGGCAGGUGAGAUGGACAAGCUGAGGAAGCUCAAGCAGAUGAUACAGAGAUUGCAUACUCUGUUGCCCCCAUUAAGAGGGCACACUUUUGCUGAUCCUGCAUCCAAAAAUACAGAGGUACACAAACCAGGUCCACAAGGCAAAGUGUCAUGAAAUGCCUUACUCAAACUACAUAAACCAUGCAACUCACCCCCCACAACAUUCAUAUCCAAAAGAGAUCAAUAGAAUUGAAAAGAGAGAUGGAAAUGCUUAAUCUUAGUUUUAUGGUUUUGGCCAUCUUUGCCGUCAUAGAAGUUUUGUUCUCUGGUGAAAUCAAUGUGGUUGUUGGGCAUGGUUGCCAAUUAGGUGACCUCUAGGGUCUUAUAACAUAAUGUUCAGUUAUGUGCAAAGUGGUUUCUCCAUGACAUCCAUCUCAAGAAUGCUUUGAUGUGAUGAUUAAGAAGGUGGGCAUUCCAUGUACGUGCAAGCACAAGGAGGUGCAGCAGCCGAUUGACAUGAGAAAGGUGGUUCAUGUUGUUUCCUACUGCAGUAGACCUCUUCCUCAUGGAACGAAAUGUGGAAAAUUUACAGUUCCAGGAAGUGGUUAAGGCAAUCUUGCUUUUAGUUGUAAACAAACCAGUAGCAUUCGGAUGGACGAAUUACACUUCCAGUAUCGUGUAAGUUUAGAAAUAUGACUUCAAACAAUUAAUAUGUAUUUGAUCUUUGGUAUAAUGAACUCAUUUGCAUAUUGAUCAAA